CGCCAGGGCACGUGUCAUGUCCGACGGGCACUGCGCCGCGUCUGUCCUGCCGUCGGCCGUCAAUUUCACACGCCCGAUGCCAGUCCCCCAGUGAGGUAGCAGGUGGGCUGGCUCCUCGCAUCGUCAAUAACUACGCCGACCCGCGCCACCAUAUUGCCUCCCCGAUGGAGGAGGAGGAGGACACGCGCAAGUUCACCGUCAGCAGUGAGUUUGGCGGUGCCCGCGCCUGGCGGAGUCGCAAGAGCCGGCCCUGCGAUGCGUGCCGCCGCCGUAAGACGGCCUGCAUCAUCAAUACCAGCCCGCCCUGCGCCUUUUGCCACAGCCGCGGUCUGCCGUGUGAGGCCUCGGGGGCCACUCCGCGGAGACGGCGGCCGCCGCAACCUCCCCAGGCGACAGCGGCAUCCGCAUCUUCGUCGCCGCCCUCGGCCGGGCCGCCCGGGCUUGCCAUCCGGGAUGGCGGCCACCUGACCCAUAUCCUCAACGGUGAGCCGAGGCCCCAAGGCCCUUCUCCCCCGGAGCCACCGUCAGACUCUCUGCACACGCGAGGGCCGGGGGCCAUCGUGCCGCCGGCCUCGUCGAGCAGUUUCGCCCAUGGGCUCGAUGCAAGCCCGCUCUACCGCACGCAGCAUGUCGAGGCAACCACUUCGCCGUCGUCUGGCCACUACCCAGACCAGCGUCCUGUCGAGCGUACUCUGGAAGACAACGAGGACAAGACAGCACACAGCAUGGGCCUCGCCGCCGAGCAGGAUGUCCAUGUGCUCGACUCGUUCCGGGCCGUCAUCAUGAGCGUGCAUGGUGUUGAUGCGGAGAUCAUCCAGGUCCAGCCGGGAGAUAGGAACCACCUACCGGUGCAUUUCUGCCUUUUGCAGGACGACUUCUUCCCCCAUGACGAUGCAGCGCGGGCGCAGGCAUCUCACCGCAUUGAAGAAAUGGCUGGCCCCCAUGGCCCAGCGCUGGUGCGCCUGUACUUCAAACACAUUCAUCCUGUCUCUCCUGUGAUAUCGAAGGGACGGUUCCUCUCGCGGUACGCAACAGACAGGAGCAGGCUCCCACCAUCUCUGCGUGCUGCCGUCUAUGCUUUGGCCUCUGUCUUUUGGCCGACCGAUCAAGGCGACGCGGACCAUGAUCAGAAUCAUCGGCCACCACCGCCAUUGACCUUUGAGCAAUGGGAAAUGGUCGAUGUGGCUCACAGCUCCUUGCUGCGCGAGCUCGACUCGCCAAACCUCGACAAGCUGCAAGCUGGUCUGCUGCUGCUCAACGCAAAACCCAAUGAUGUCGACACUCUCGAGCACCCACGGAUAUGGACACAGACAGCGCAGGCUACGGCGUGUGCGCAAAUGAUUGGUCUACACCAGGAGCCCAGCAACUGGUCAAUAGCGGCGUGGGAGAAGAAGCUGCGAAGAAAGCUCUGGUGGGCCACUGUUGUGGCCGAUACGUGGUCGUCCGUCCUCCACGGGAACCCUCCACAUAUCUAUCCGGAGUCCUUCAGCACAACACCACCUCAUGUCGACGACAUCCAGUUCGAUGAAGAAGUAUCACCCGAGUUCAGCGCAUGGCUUGAUCCGCCGUCCGCGAGCUAUCAGGUUGCCACGGCUGCGCGUUUCGUGGCCAUGGUGGAGCUGACCCUGAUUGUCAGGGACAUCCUAGCUACCUCCUUUCGCGUGCCGGGGGCGCCAUAUGAUUCUCCCGACGGAUUCCAAGGACCAUAUCAGUCUGCUGCCGAGCGGAAUAAGCUGUAUGCCCUGCAGGUGAAGCUGGAAAAUUGGUUCAUGCUGCGGCCGCAAUGUCUCGCGUUCUCAGGCCCUUCGUCUACACAAGGCUCAUCAAUGAACGCUCCUCUUCAGCUGGCAUAUUUUGCAGCUCAAGUGCUGCUAUAUCGCGGACUCAUGGGCCCGGCUACGAAGGCGGCGCGAGUUGACCCCAACUCCGGCCUGCGUGUCCAUUUCCAAGCCGCUCUCGAAAUGUUCACAGAGUUUGUGGCUUUCAUAGCUGGCAUCACUCAGCCCCAGCUGCGCGGAUAUUGGGGAAGACACGCCCGUGCUCAACUCAUCCUUUGCACAAACUUUCUCAUCUACCUUUUCCUCUUGGCCAGCGAGCCUGAGCACGUGGUCAAGGCUUUCGAGCUCAUCGAGAGCUUCAACGAGGGGCUGUGCCGACUCAAAGGCAUGGCAGGGACCCCGAAAGCGAUCAGCGGACCACGCCCCUCACCAGCAUUUUCCACACCAACAGGCACGCUGUCAGCAGCCAUGCUAUUACUGCUGCCCGCGGCUGUCCGGAUCGAAUCUUUCCUGGAACAGGCUCCUAGGCUAAUGAGAACCAGGGGAACUUCAUUGUCACAGUCGGUCCCCACGGACCAGAACGCCACACCAUCGCCAUUCGCGACUUCGCAAACUUCUCCGUAGUCUCGCGAAGGACUGGCAAUUAGUGUGGAGUUGCCUUGCGGCUUUUAGAAUAUCAGAUCUGAAUUUCAAUAGACCGCGCAAGAACCCCAAUUCACCCCGAACCAACUCGCCUGCCAUCUCACGUAAGAACAAGGCAGCUCUCGAGUACCGCAGGGACGAGAAAGGGGUCAAGAAUCAUCACUCGAAGUGUACUUCAAUCUAGCUUCCUCUGGCGUCGAGAGAUCAUAGCGUGCCCCGUCGUGGUAACAAUCUGCAGCAUCAUGCAUGAAUCAGACCUAUGUUUUGGCCCCCU